AUGGCUUCGCCCGCUAGACCUCCUCGGGCCCCGCCCUCUCCAUACACCACCCAACCCUCUAGAGGCCUCGAUCCGCGAAAGGCCAAAAGAAUUCUUGUGCCAGCCACUCCAGAGUACCAAAAAAUAUACAAUGAAAUUCGGCAGUCGCUUGAACGCUUGAACCUGCAGACUCAUCUUGCCUCGCAACAGGGUUUACCACCCCCUCCCACAGCUCCGUCCACUAGUACUAUUCAUUCGCCUAUAGAGGAUCCCGGAACACCCUCAACCCAAAGCAUCACAGCACAAGACGCAGAUCCGCCGAGACGUCAACGAGGUAGGAGGAGAGGCCCUCUCGACACCGAUACGAGAUUGAAAACUGCACUCAAGAGGAAGCUCAAACUCACUUGCCGACGCCAUCGAGCUAAAAAGAUCACUUGUGACUGCCAUGAUUUUAGCAAGCUAGAGGAGAAUUAUAAAAACUCCCAGCCCCUACCGUCCUCGAGUCAUACCAGGUCGCAUGCCCGAAACGAUAGCCAGUUACUUCCACCCCUAGAACAAAGACUGAACGGUGAGACGUUUGGUGCUGGCGGUGCCGCGAUAGUAUCACCCGAUCUAGGCGCUCCGGGUGCCUCAGACGCCUCGGACGCCCUGCCCAACGAGCUCACCUUGGGUCCGUCCACCAGUGGCCGCGAGGAUGUAGUUCGACGAAGUGUACAGGAGAUUCUCAAUGGCUUUGAUUCCCAAGGAGUUUAUUUGAGCCAAAGGAUGUUACAGGUCAGAGACCCACCUUAUCUCCCAGGUAAUCACAUGGGUGCACAACCGCAACAUGGGCCCAUGGAAAGCGAACUCGUCGAGAUUGGUAGCCAGAUGCACGACUAUCCGACCCGUUGGCAAUGCGAAUAUAGAGGUCCUGUGGACUCCUUGUCAGAUGUCUCGUCGGAAGCGUGUUGCUGGACUGGGCCGAUCGAGCAGCUACCGGGCCAUUUUCGAGACGAACACCACCCCUUUCAAGAAGCUUGCCCGAGCAUUAGGCUCGUGUGUGCUCAUUGUGGUCUCCAAGUAUCAAAUCACGGUGACCCUAAGUCGCCACCGUCGCCAUUUCCGUGUUUAAGAGAAAGUUGUCCGGGCUCGACUUGGCAGAGGUGGUACUACGGAUCUAUGCGAGAUGAGUCUGUGGCUGGAUCUGGAAUAACGUUAACGUUAUCUAGCGAAUCUGACACCGGAAAUUCUUGGAUUUUGCCUCCGGAUGGGAGCCAGCCUUGGCAGGGUGCGGGAGGCUCAAACGACGGAUAUAGCCGGCACUUUAGCGGCGGGAAUCCGUAUGAGUAUUCUUAUAACUUGCACGAUACCAAGUGGGACACUGGCAGUGAUACGUCUAGCCACUCCUCCUCCGAGUCUUCCGAGUCUUCCACAGACUCUUCCACAGACUCUAGUCGCUAUUUACCGGAUCGACUUCAUCCUCCUGCUGACUCCAAGUAUUUUUCCAAAUGGCACCCGCCGGACCCGACGACGACGAAGACGACGUCGUGCGAUGCCGUCGAGCCCAUGUGCUUCUCUCACCAGUGCCCCAUACGCCUAGUGUCUCGCGCCAGGCUACGCCCCGCCUAUCUGUUUGCCAUCGUGCUCCUGUCGUUAACCAGAGUGGCCCAAGAAAGCCUCUACACGACCAAACCGAACCUACCCACGUCUCACGCGGCGAAUCCCGACACGACCGAUAGUUUUUGUUGGCUGGGGCUGCCCCUGCUUCUGUUUGGAUUCGUGGUUACAUGGACUAUCAAGGACCGAUUCAAGUCUUGGAAUAUACACGAGCCUAAUAAUCCUCAAGCUAUUAAUGGCCGUCCACAUCCUAGAAGGCGAUUACCAUCCAUCGGAUACGAUGAAAUCAAAUCCUGGCGUCGUUUUGGCACACUGAUGACAGCGUGA